AUGAUGCUCGAGGAGAAAUAUAUCGGCCUGGGGUUGGCCAUGACCUCUAGUUUAGCCAUCGGCACCAGUUUUGUGAUCACGAAAAAGGGUCUACAAGAUGCUGAAAAACGACACGGCUUUGAAGGAGAAGGCUUUGUCUAUCUGCGGAGCCCUAUUUGGUGGGCGGGUAUUGCUACCCUGGGCAUCGGCGAAGUCUGCAAUUUUGCCGCCUACGCUUUCGCACCUGCCAUCCUGGUUACGCCUCUCGGUGCCUUGAGUGUGCUCAUUGGCGCUGUUCUCGGUUCCUACUUCCUGCAGGAGGAGCUUGGUAUCCUCGGCAAGCUUGGUAGUGCGAUUUGCCUCAUCGGCACCGUCAUCAUUGUUCUCCACGCACCACCCGACGAAGAGAUCGAGACCAUCGAUCAGAUUUUAGACUAUGCCAUUCAACCAGGUUUCCUUCUAUAUGCCAUCGUCGUCGCCGCAUUUGCUAUUGUAAUGAUUUACAAGAUUGCUCCUGUCCACGGAAAGAAGAAUGCGCUCAUCUUCCUUUCCAUCUGCUCCACCGUCGGCUCCGUUUCCGUCAUGGCCGUUAAGGCCUUCGGCAUUGCCUUGAAGCUCACCAUGGCCGGCAACAACCAGUUCUCGCACCCUUCAACUUAUGUCUUCCUGCUCUUGACAAUUGUCUGUAUUGUCACUCAGAUGAAUUACUUUAACAAAGCUCUUGCCUGCUUCCCCGCUAAUAUUGUCAACCCUCUGUACUAUGUCACUUUCACGACCGCAACGCUUUGCGCCUCUUUCAUCCUCUUUGGUGGCUUCAACACGUCCGAUGCCGUCACGAUUAUCUCCCUUCUGAGCGGCUUUCUGGUCACAUUUGCCGGUGUAUAUUUGUUGAAUCUUUCGCGCGGCGACCCCAACGGCCACAAGUUGGUCAACGGGCGCCCAAGCAUGGAUGUUUCGGGUACCGACAUGAUCUCAAGCAUCCAGACCCGUCUGAGCAUGCAGUCUCGGAGAAGUUUCGAUCCUCACCGUCGCCUCAGCGUCAACAGCCUGCAUGGAGACCGAGAGGGCCUUAUGAGGGGUUAUGACGAGGAGUCCGGCGCAUUUGGUCUCACCGAGCUUGCCGAGGAGAGCGAUGAGGAUGAUAUUGGCCGUCCCAUGCAAUCUACCAAUGGUCGUAAAGGCGGCUACGGCAACUCGAUAGAGCUUCAGGAACGCAAGUCCGACUCAUGA